UUGAUCUCGUAUCAGCAGCUACUCGCCUACUAGUACCACCACCGCCACCACCACCUCCUCCAUCUCUUCGCGGCCAUGGCCGAACUGGAAAUGGCGAGGCUGCAGGAGGAGAAGGCGGCAGAGGAGGUGCGGAGGGCGGCGGCGCAGGCGCCGUGGGUGAUCCUAGUCUGCGUCCCGCACGUGGUCCACGAGGAGGGCGACUUCCCGCCGGGCAGGGAGCUCCGGUUGAGCCUCGCCGAUCCUCCGCUCGCCUCCCGCCUCACCGUGCCGCUCCGCAUCGCCCCCGACUGCAAGACCGCCGAGAACUACCCCUACCUCGCCGCCGCCGGGCCUCACGGCCGGCUCCUCCUCUACGCCACCCAGGGGCCCGAUCCGGAGCCGCCAGCCCUCGAUGCGUUCUACUCUCGGCCGCUCGGCGUGCACCACGGCUUCGACAAGGCCUACUUCGUCCUCGACGCGUACACCCGCAGGGCCUACCGCCUCCCCGACCCCGACGAUGACAACUACUACGACACCACUCUGGCUAUCCUCCACCCAGGCAACGUCGGCCUCCUCAGCUACUCUACCUGCUACUACGUCGCCGAGCUCCAGCCCGCGCCCGCGGCCGGGACCGCCACGCUCCUCUUGUACUCCUCACUGCACGAUAUGUGGGACGACAAGGACCUCAUCUACCCGCUGGGUGAUCGGCCGUGGGGAAGCAACGGCGUGGUCACAUACCAGGGCAUGCUUUGGUGGGUUGACCUCUCCUACGGCCUCCUCAGCUGCGACGUCGUCUACGGCCUCCCUCCGCUCCUGCACUUCGUCCCGCUCCCGGAGGGCUGCGAGCUCCCCGCAGGCACGCCGGACCUCGAGAAGAUCCGCUGCGUGGGGGUGGGCGCUGCCCGGCUGCGGUACGUGCAGAUCGAAAAGCGCGACGGCGACCAUGUGGUCACCAUGUGGACGCUGAUCGAUGAGCAAGUCGGGACGUGGCAUCUCGACUGCGAGGCGAGCUUCAAGGCGAUCUGGGACGACGAGGGCUACAAGGAGACCAAGCUGCCGCGGGAGGUCCCCACGGUGGCGCUCAUCCACCCCGCGCACACCGGCGACGUGGUCUACUUCUUCCUGCAUUCCCGUCUCUUUGCCGUGGACUUGCAGACUUGCAGGGUCCUCGAGUGGCGCUUCUUCGCGAUGCUUCAGCCGCCGAUGGCUUACCACUCCUCCCAGUUCGUCCGUGCAUGGUGGACGCCACCUACGCUUUACUGGGAUUCUGGUAUGUUUAGCCAUGUUGCAAUGUUGGUUCGGAACUUGGGAUACUAACAGCGUGCGCUGCGAGCAAGCAUAGUGCAGUUAUCUUGACCCUUGAGCAAUAUUGGUAUCUACUGAUGAUGAGUUGUUUUGACCUGUUAAUGAAGUUAGUUAAGGAUGAAAUGUUCCAUGAUUCAGUAUAAAAAAAAAUCGAAUUCAUGCACUAUCUGCAGUCUCCGAUACAUCUUCAUAGAUCAUCUGAUUACUCCUGUUGUUCUUCAUUUGAUCUGGGCCGUUAUAUGUGACUGCAUUCACUAUACUUUUUGGCAAAUGUACUUGAAU